GGCCUGGUCUUUGUGAGGAUGAAAACCCAAUCACCGUCUAGUAUUCGAUUCCGGAAACAACGUCAGCCUUCUGUUUACAUCGUAGGACGUAUUCAGAUAAAUGUCGAUGUAUUGAAUCCUAUUUUUAUACACGUUUAUACAAAUAGAAACAUACCUCACAAUUUGUUUGAUCGCAAUGGGCGGUCAUGGUGUGAUGGCGAACGAGGAAUCGUUGGAUUACUCGGUGCACGAGGCGUGGAAUGAGGCCACCAAUGUCUAUUUGCUCGUCAUUCUGGUUAGCUUCGGACUGCUAAUGUAUGCAAGAAAAAAUAAGAGGAAGAUCAUGAGGAUAUUCGCUCUGCCCCCCACAGCUGGAGCCACGACCGAACCGAACUUCUAUGACAGUCUGCAGAAAGUGAGACUCCGCCAGCAGCUGGAGAUGUACUCUCUUGCGAGGAAGUUUGACCAGCAUCAACACCAAGGCCAGAGUGAAAGUGUUCAGCUCUCUAUGGAAUGAGACUACAACAACAAGGUAGCAUGGCCCAUCAUUGUGCCUGUCUCUCCAUCCCUCAGCCUCUUUGUCUUUGCUAAGUCUCAUCAUUACUACACUCCUGAAGAGGGCAUGGGUACCAAGGAGGAAGAAGUCGAGGGUCAAGGAAGGUUUCUGUGAUUAAGACGAGUCGAGUCAAAUCGUUUGUGUUUGCACAAUUGUUGCUGUACGAUUUGAAACAAGGACUAUAAUGGAUUUGGAUAUGAAGAAUUACUGGAUGUUCCCCCUACAACAUCUGUUUUUUUUUUCGUGUUUUUUUUUAUUUCUUUUGCCUUUUUUGUGUAUUUUAUUAGUAAUUUGUGUAUUUUAUUCAAUGCCUUAUUGGAUUAUGUGUGGAUUUGUCGCCCCAUAGUGGUUUUAGGAGAACCUUCAUCCAGUGUUCAAUAUACAUUACAUUUACAUUUAAGUCAUUUAGCAGACGCUCUUAUCCAGAGCGACUUACAAAUUGGUGAAUUCACCUUCUGACAUCCAGUGGAACAGCCACUUUACAAUAGUGCAUCUAAAUCAUUAAGGGGGGGGGGGUGAGAAGGAUUACUUAUCCUAUCCUAGGUAUUCCUUGAAGAGGUGGGGUUUCAGGUGUCUCCGGAAGGUGGUGAUUGACUCCGCUGUCCUGGCGUCGUGAGGGAGUUUGUUCCACCAUUGGGGGGCCAGAGCAGCGAACACACAGCGAAUACAUCCUGUACAGUGACAAUUCAAAUAUGUCUUAAACUUGUAAAAAAAUAAAUAUAUAUAUAUAUAUUACAACAAUAACCAUUUCAUUUAGCAUAUCUAUUUAAAUGUUUGGUUGUCAAGAACUGUUUCAUUUCCCAGUUUCUGAUCCUCCUAUAGAUUCCUUAUUAUGGCACUACUGCUGGGAAAGCUUAAAAGUGUUGAGAGUUGACUUUUACCCAAUCCACUUGCUUUUUCUAAAAAGGAAAUGAAUUGCUAUUAUUACUCUGCUUCAAAAUAAAUUAAAAAAACAAGGGACCAA